GAAAACUGUUCUUUUACGGGCUGUGGCAAAACACUUCACGAUCACGGAACAAAACACUGCAAUGAACAGGGACACCCGGUGGCUAUAAAUUUAAAAUCGUUUCGCACCUGGUGUUACUCUUGUGAUAAAGAAGUUAUUUUGUCAAGCUUGGACCCUGACCAUAUGAAAAAGUUGAAAAGAGAAUUCAUGCAACAGAAAAGACUCAUUAGACUAAAGGCAAAAUCUGAGGAAUCUUUAAAAUCAUUUGAAGGGGAAUCACUAGAGACCCCUAAAGGCCCCAACAUUCAAUUUACAUCGCUGACGAGCCUGGCUGAAAUUUUAUCAGUCAGUCCUGAAAUUUCCGUUGAAAGUACCCCUGGUUUAAAAGGCCUUAGAAAUCUGGGCAAUACAUGUUACAUGAAUGCGGCUCUGCAAAGUUUAUCAAACUGCCCGCAUUUAACUCUGUUUUUUAUUGCUCUGGGUCAUUUGCUACAAGACAGAAAAAAAUCGAUGACUUUAAGUUAUUAUAACCUUAUCGCGGACAUCUGGCGCAAAGCUCGCUACUCCAGCGUUGCCCCCUCCAGUGUUCAUAGCACAUUGAAAUUAAUAAACCCCGCAUUUCGUGGCUACCAACAACAAGACACUCAAGAGUUUUUACGAUGUCUUAUGGACCGCCUACAUGAGGAAAUGAAAUACCCUGUCCCGAUUUUAACAGAAAAUGACCAAAAAUUGGACAUACGUUGCGGCAUGUCUGUUCCUGAUAUAAGAUCUCUAUUUCAUGAAGCAGGCGACGCCCCAACUCAAAGCUUACAAAGCAAAUCUACACUGGGAAAAUACCCUAAUGACGCCCUGCGGCAAUCACGUGACGACAUGAUGACAAUCAGUACCUCGUCAGACGAUAGUUACCACUCCUGUGACGACUUGGCUAGCUUAUCUAGUGAAAUGGACCAAGAAACACAGCCAAUGCUUGGAGACAGCCAGCAAGAGUCUACAUUUCCAAAGGAGCUCGACGAGCUCCAUUCUUCUGGUUCUCCUCUGUACAGAAGUACAUCCAUGCCUUCGAUUUUAACCCCUCCUCCUGCCUCCACCACUCCUCCUGAGGAUAUAAGAAGAAAGAGAACUGUCUCUUCUCGUUCCACUACUAAUGUC